CAGUGUGUCGGCGCCCGAUACAUCGGAACUUAAUAUAUCUACGAAGCAGUAUUAUCUCGCGUAUACCAUACAACCAGGGCCAACCGCUUUGCCAUUCGUCUUCGUUUGUUAUAUUUGACAAAACACCUGGCUAAGGCUCCUCUUCAAAUGGUCAAACACAUCCGUGUUUUUGACCCAAUACUGUUUGCUGCUAAGUAAUCCGCAAUGGAUAGAGGGACACGAAAUGAUUCAUCUGCGAAAAAGCUUACACCACUGGUAUCGAAAACCAACCCGCUUGACCCCGCCGCUUCAACAUUGCACAACCGUAGAGCCUUGUAUCCCGCAAUAACCUUUAAAGGGGGCAAAGUGUUGCGACCAAAUAGAGAGCCAUGGACUUCUCUAGCCCUCGAGUUGAAGACACCAAGACUCAAUGAUAUUCAUCAGCACCUUUGGCUUGCAGGCCUCCCGGCUGCUGCACGGCCUUUGCACAGGCAAAAGCUGCUAGGACGCAACAUCCUAGUUACUGAAGAUCCAGAUGAGCAUCUUGUAUGGUUUGAAUUGGAUAUUUUCAUCAAACCUUUGCCCGAUUUCCUUCUUGACUGGAAUUUCUGGAACGACAGUUUAUGCCUGGAUCAAGGGUUGCAUGAAGCCGCAUGCGGCUUGCUAUUGUCCUAUGCAUGGCUUGUACGGCACAAAAGCGACCUCGAUAUCGCAAAAGAAUUAGGUCUGUUAUCGAAGAAUAUGGAAUGGUCUAAGUGGGUUGAGUUCAUAGAUACCUUUCUGGACAACAUCAACUGCGAGACCAUGAGCGACGUCAACAAACGGUAUAAAUAUGGAGAACUGCGAUUAAGUCGGCUUAAUGCUAUAUACAGGCUUGCUCCACCUACGUAUUCUCUUCGUAAUCUUGUUCGAGGAUAUCAAAGCGGAUCGACCUGGUACAGAGCCUUCUUUGAGCGCCACUUUAAAUGGAUACUGGCGGGUUUUGCUAUUGUCUCUGUCCUCCUGUCGGCGCUACAGGUGGGCCUUGCAACCUCGAUGUUACAAAGCAAUGGAUCAUUCCAAAGUGCCUCAUACGGAUUUACUAUAGCCUACUUAGUAGCCGUGGUGACGAGUGUGAUUGUGGUCUUUUUGGUAUGGCUGGGGUUGUUUUGUUAUCACUUGUUAGUUACUUGGCGGAAUGACAGAGCGGUAAACUGUAGGAGGCUGGCUGGAGUGUCCUUUCCAUAAUCAAAUUCUCGAAAUUUUAGCUAGUAUACUGGUAUUCUAGGUAGCUUGUGUAGUGAUAUUUUCUAUCAGGUGACGAGCCAACGUGCGAGCCAUAAG